AUGAACAGUUGUAUUCCUGAAACUUGUUGUUGGCUGACAACAAGAAAGAAUGCACCAGUGCAAAUGUGGGAUGCAUUUGAUGGUUCUUUAAGGUGCUCUUAUAGAGGAUUUAAUUCUUUAGAUGAAAUGGAACCAGCCAUAUCAGUGAGUUUUAAUAUUGAUGGCAGUAGAAUUAUUGCUGGAUAUAAAAAAGUAUUGAGGACAUUUGAUGUUGAAAGGCCUGGUAGGGAAUUUGCAGAGCAUAAAAUAAAUUCACCAGCGUCAUGUUUCGCUACAAACAGCAAUCUUCUUGCUGUUGGUUCUUGGAAUACAAGUAUAAAUCUAUUCAAUGUAAAUGAAAUGGGAUGCUAUAAAAGUAUAGGAAAAAUGCAUGGGCAUUCAGGUGGUGUAACUCACAUGAAGUUUACACCUGAUGGAAUUAGACUUGUGUCAGGCGGCCGCAAAGAUCACAGGCUUCUUAUUUGGGACAUAAGAUAUUAUCGGAGGCCUCUUAACAUAUUGAGCAGGGUUGUUGACACUAAUCAAAGGGUUUACUUUGAUAUAUCUCCAUGUGGUAGAUAUCUGGUCACUGGAGGUACUGAUGGUAUGUUAAAGGUGUGGGAUAUGAAUAAAGUAAAUUGGUAUUCCAGUUUAGAUGUGACAGAUGUAGAAAAAGAUAAUGUAUCAUAUACUUUUCCACUACACAAAGAUUGUUGCAACAGUGUAUCAAUACAUCCAUUUCGACCAAUUUUGGCUACUGGUUCUGGUCAAUAUCAUUUUAAAGAUCCAGUUUUAGCAAUUAGUGAUGAAAAUGAAACAAAUUCUGUAGAAGAGAAGUGCAAUCAUGGAGCUCUAGAAGUCUGGAAGAACUUCGGCGCCUCAGUAAGAAAUCAAAAGUUUUUCUUAGCGAUAACAAGA